CCCUAUUCAAGAAAGGAAUACAUAGUGAGUGGACCAAGCCGAACUCUGUCUGACAAGCAAUUUAACAUGGAAGUUAUACAGCAGUCUGGUGGCUCUUUGUGUGUCUGCUACCAACAUCCUGUUCAGAAGUCUGAUGAGUCUAGGCCUAGAUCUGCAUCAGAUUAUCCUUCUGUCAGGCUAGACACGCCAUCUUCAUCCAGUGAGAAAGAUACAGAUGACGACUGCCCAAAGGACUUGGGCCUAGUUGUUCGCUCAAAGUCAUUUGAUGAAAGGCAAGGAAGCAGGGAACUGGUUGAUAUGAAGUACUCCAUCUUGGUGGUGCAUCAUGGGUUGAUUAUCAAUGCAAAGGUCCCGGCUGUUUCUAGGACUGUGGCUGAAUCCACACGUCUUUAUUUCUCGUCAUUAGAUGGUUACAUUUUGGUUUAUGCUCCACGAUUGCUUUCUCACUUAGUCAAUGUCACUCCUGAAAUAAACCCUUGUCUCCAUAUUGCGCUGCAUGGUAACACAGUAACAGAUACACCAAUCAGGAACGGACAUGUGCCGUCAAACUCACAGAACCUAACCCACUUAAUGAGAGAGAGGACGGCCAGUUUAAAUGGUGACUGUGUUUUCAAUAACCAAUCAGGGAAAGCGUUUAAAAUAACUAUCUGUAAAGAAAGCUUAGUUCAGACGUUUAUGGAGCACACAAGUCUCUCACAACGUCUCGCUAUCAUUCAUUUUCUAAUUUUACAUCUGAAGGACCCAGCUUUGACAAAAAAGGUGAUGAAGGUGCUUUGUGAUGACAUAGGCAGUCCAUACAUACCCCAGGUAUUUGCAGAAUAUCUGAUUGGCUCAACAUUCAAUGCCGUCAGACGCAGUAUGAAUAAGGACGCCCUCAAACACCUAUCUUUUACAUCCACAGAGGUGUUACGUGGUCAAAUUGAACAUAGUGGUGGAAGAAGGAUUGCUGCUGCAUUCAUGUACACCAAGUGUCCGGCUGUUUUUGAUGCAUUUUUUUACAAGGCUGACAGAAAGGAACGUAGGCAGAGUCAGGUUGGAGUUAACGUCACUCAGUGGGAGAGCAUUUAUCAAUUAGUGCAGUCAUUGCAGAAGGGAAAACAGAAGCAUCAACAGCAACGCUUUGACUCAACCUCACUUAAGGCUGUGUUAAUGUAUGACGAUUUAUCUACACAAACACCAAAGUUUGAAAGAUCCAACUCAGUCAGCUACACACCAGAAUUCACACGGUCACCCUCAAUUAUGCAAAAAGUCCGACAGACCGCUAAGAGGGCGCUGUCACCAACAUUGAAGAGGAAGACUGGCGUCAGGAAUCCUUCUAUAUUCUACGACUCAGAAUCAUCAGCUACAGAAAUAGACAAGAACUCAAACAGGCUGCAGCAAUUGAUGAUAAAGAAAUUGACAUACCAUUUUGAACAGCAUUUAACCUCGCACAAGAGGUUCAACAUAAGGUCACUUGUUUUGGAAUACAUAGACUGUCAGAUGAAGCAAGCUAAACAGCUUCUGCAACUUUUAUGGAACUCUGUAGGAGUUGAAGACCAGCAACUUAGUUCAGCUGGUGUUUCCUUACACAGUCCAGCAAAUGAUAAAGAUAACCUGUUGUACCAUCUGCUGGAAAGGUAUUACCUAGCAACAGAGAGUGUUUGUUUUCCAUUUCCUUCAGGCUUCCAAACUUUUUUCACCUGUCUCGGGUACCGUUGCCUUCGUUACCAAUCAUUCUUGCAGUACGUCGAGCGAGGGGUAUUUCAACUCACCCCAGAAUUUGUACGUAAAUUCUUUGCUGAAUUUCCAGAUGAUGAAAUUCAUUCUGAAAGGAAACAUGAGAUUUUAAUCCAAUUGCCACAGUCUGACGCUUUAGAGAUAAUAGAGGACUGGAAGCAUCCAUUUGCCCUGAGGUACCUAGCUCAGCAGUAUGUUGAAGAAACACUCAAACCCGACAGCUGUUUGGAAUAUCCGUUUUAUUUAAACAGAGAAACUGCUAUUGAGAAUGAGUCAAGGCAGGCCAGUGUCAGCUCAAAGCCUGUUCAUUCAGAUGAUGACCAGGAGGGAAUCACAGCAGCAUUCCCACCUCUUGGGACUUUGUUAAAACUUUUACAAGAGAAAGAUCCGAAAGUAGUCGUCGUGAACAAUGGAGUGAAUAACCAACCUAGUUGCUUCCAGAUGGAGCCAAGGAAAGUCGAGCAAGUAGCCUUACUCAAUACCAUGGAGAAAUAUGGGAAUAAUCUGUCAGAUGUCACAUUCUAAAAUAACAGUUUUAAUAAUAAUGCAACGGUACACACAUUUAUUAAGUAUAUAUUAUCAACAUAAUUUAAUUUAGUUUAAAAAGUAUAUGAAAUAAUAUCCAAAUAAUUUAAUUUAGUUUAAAAUGUAUAUGAAAUAUUAAAACGUCAGUAAGUAAGGAAGAAUAAUUGAUUUAUCAAGAAAAAUUAUCAAUAUUGCAUUUGAUAUUAUAUAUGAUAGAUGUACGGCGAGACCCUUGUCACUAGAAAUUUUAGAAUCGAGAUGGCGAUUAUUAGGUCACAUCCUAAGACAAAAUACAAACAAUCCUAAAAACCUGGCAAUCAACUUCUACUUCACCGAGACCAAUAACAGAAAAUUCAGGGGACGUCCAAGGACUACAAAAAUCACAACUCUUCAUAACGACCUCAGUAAGAUCCAGUCUACCAAUACUCAAUAUCCUGCUCAACUAAAAAUUAAAAAUGAUAUGGAGAAAUUAAAAUUAAUGGCACAAAACAGACACAUUUGGAAAGGGCUCAUCGAGGAACUAAGUAAAGCGGCCGAAGCGGAACUGUCAUCGGACUUUUCGGCGAUACGGCGAUGAUGAUUAUAUAUUAGUACUUACAGGAUUCUUUUCUUUUUGGCAUAAUGUUUCAACAUUUUUGGUAAUCAUAAAUAAGAAUACAACUACCGUAUUUGUAUAAUCGGGAAUUUAUUCAAGGGAGGCAUUCAUUUUUUUUUUUUUUUUUUUUUUUUUUGAAAAUUGAUACAUAUUCUACUGGAGUAAAACAUUAAUGUGUUAAGAGUGAUGUUGUAGUCUGUGGGAAAUAGCAUUUUUCACAAAACAAAUUGCAAGAAAAGGUUUUAUUACUGAAAUGUGUUAUAUGGACCAUACUAAACAUUAAUAUCAGCGUUAGGACAUUUUCGGACAUCUUGAAGUAUCCUAUUGUGCUUCGAACAGGUCAUCCCAUUCAUAGAAGCCUUUUGAUGGAGAAAGUGUGCCUAUUAGCAAAGGUUUUGCCCAGAUCGAAACUAACUCCGGCUAUAUAAAAUUGAUUAUAAGAUUGAAUAUAUUAAUCUUAUUAUUGUAGUAGCGAUAGAUACUAUUUUAUUUAUUACACUUCAUCACUGCAAAAAUACAAGAACAAUUCAAAAAACAAGACAAAAAGUAGCGAAAAGGAGGGGAUGAACAGGUGUCAAGCACCUCUAUCUACAUCCCCCCUUGAACAGAUUACAGAACCACACAAAAUAUACAAGAGAACAAGCGAAAAUACAGAACAUUAAAAUAGUAAAAUAGUAAAUAUACAAAUUUAAACAUACAGUACAAAAUAUAGCUUAAAUUAUUAA